AUUGAACUUUGUGUGUUUUGAUUUUAUUUUUUGAAUAAGACAGUUUCAGCAAUAUGUUUUAUAUCAACGUCUACGGUUUUCGUAAUAAAAUAAAAAAACAGAAGAUUUUUCAAAUAUUGCACUCAGUUGUGUUCGGCAAAAAACUAUUAUCCCAUUUUUGUAUGCACGCCAUCCACCCUGAUGUUGAUCCUAAUUUAAAUGUGGUUACAAUAACAUUUAUAAAGAAGAAAGAAGCUGACAAAGCCAUCAAUCUUAUAAAUGGUUUUGUCUAUUUCGAUUUUCAUUCUCAAAGUGAUUUACAUUUAUCAGCAGUUGAUGUAACGGAACAAUAUAGAGACGCAUAUGUUGAUAGUGAUGAUCAAAUUGCAAGAGAUAAAGAAGUAAGGAGGACGAGCCGGUCGCAACGUCCACGUGAAUCUCAAGGCAGAAGUCGUAGUCCUCAUUUAGCUGCUGAAAUUACGAAAAUAGAUAUGGAGAUUGAAUUAAUCCAGAAAGAACGCAUCCUUAUUGUGGAACAAAGGAAGUUACUUUUGGAGAAGAAGAGACUCGAAUUACUGAAGGAGUUUGAGCCGACCUCUAUAAAUGAUUUAGAGAGAUAUGUCGCUGCUAUAGAAAGGCAGGAUGAUAAUGAACCACAAAAUGUUCCACAUAAGCCUGUAAAGGUUAAAUGUACACCGGUACCUGUCUUAGCGAGUAGAGCUAUUGUGAAGCAAAUGAAAGAUGUUUUAGCAAAACGUGAAAACAUCCGAGGUAUUAUUACACAGCCUUUAUGUUUCACGCUAAAGAAGCGUAUCAUUGAAAUAAUGAAAGGCAAAAGUAACUUGGAUACAGAUGAUAUUAUUAAAAUGUACAGAGAAGUGUAUCCGAUAGAAUCUGAUGAAGUUCUAUUGGACCGUCUUGAAGCACAGAUUAAUAUAACUCAAGCCUUUAAAAAUGAAAUGCAAAAAGAUUUCCAAGUUGUGAAAAGCGACAUAUCAGGUCCAUCAAAUACUGAUAAAGGCGAAGUAAAUAAUAAAACAGAAGAAACCAAGACAAAAGAAUCAGAGAAUAAAGAAAUUACGUCUACAGAGAUCUUGGAUAAUGAACUGGAUGAUUGGUUAGAAGAUGAUAAAGUGAAUCAACAAGACGGGAACAAUGUUGAUGAGAAAGACACUGUCCAAAGUGUUGAAGUAAAUGAUAAAGAACUUGACAAAUAGACCUCUAAGUUAUUUUAUAAGCUUAUUGAUGAUCUUGAAAAGAACUAAGUCUAAUAUGGUAUGUCUGUACGAUUUUUAUCCUUUUUGUUUCUAUGUAAAACUGUUGUUUUAAAAUUUUU